AUGGCAAGCCAUGGAGUUCGGCGCUUCAAACCGGUGGAAAAGACACCAGAAGAGCGGCAGCAAGAGCUACAGAAGAUUGAUGAAUACAAAUCUCUAGAACGCCUGGUGUCAGAGAAGGUGGCCCAACAUGAAUAUACGGUCGAGACUCUUCAGGGAAUUUCCGACUUGCUGAGUCGCAACCCAGAGUACUACACCGUGUGGAAUUACCGGCGACAAGUCCUUCGGCAUCAGUUUGUUGAUGCUGGGAACUGUGCCGAAGGAGAAUCCAGCAACCAGGUCGCCGAGCUGAUCAAAAACGACCUGGUGUUUCUCAUGCCUCUGUUACGUAGCUUCCCCAAAUGCUACUGGAUCUGGAACUACCGCCUGUGGCUUUUGGAUGAAGCCCGCCGACUGCUCCCAUUGGCCAUGUCUCGCCAGUUCUGGCAAGAGGAGCUGGUCCUCGUGGGCAAGAUGUUGACGUUGGACAGUCGGAACUUCCACGGCUGGGGAUAUCGACGCCUAGUGGUGGAGACCUUGAAGCAACUGGGCACCCCCGCCGAGGCUGCCAGCAUGACCCAGAAGGAAUUUGAGUAUGCGAAAAAGAUGAUCGGCGCCAAUCUGUCCAACUUCUCCGCGUGGCACUACCGUACAAAGCUUAUCCAGCGACUACUUGAGGAGCAGUCGGCCAGUGACGAGGAGCGAAGGAAGAUGUUGGACGACGAGUUGACUCUCAUUCAUCAAGCCCUGAUUGAUCCUUAUGACCAGUCCUUGUGGUUUUAUCACCAGAAUCUGAUUCGCCCCCGGACUAUGGCUCCGAAUCUGAGCACGUCAGAGCGACUUCAGUAUCUGCGAAAUGAAAUCGAAGAUAUCCAGGAGAUGCUCGAUGGGGCCGAGGACUGCAAGUAUACGUACCAGGCACUGAUCGAGUGUACCUUGCUAAUCUCGAAGGUGGCCGGUCGUUUAUCCACCGAGGAUCGAGAACAGAUUCUGAGCUGGCUCUCAGAGUUAAAGCAACUCGAUCCGCUGCGGAAACAGCGGUGGCUUGAUUUUGAGAAGACGUUACCUGGCGAAGAGACGUUGCCAGUAUGA